AUGGACACGUCGAUGCCUUCGCCGGCCGUCGCGACCGAGCCCUCGAACGUCUCCUCCGACGCUGCCUUGCCCGAAGCUUCCAACUUAUCCAAGCACCCUGAACCCGCACAUGCAUUGACUCCACCCACUUCCGAGGACAACAACAUUAGAGUCGACGAUGACGCCUCCUCUGACUUGUCUGAAUUGGACCUUGACAUUGAAGAUGAGGAAGAAAUCGAACCAGACCAUUACUGGGAUGACGGCAAAGUGCCUGUCUUCAAACCAUUCCGCGACUUCAAAAAGUUCAUUGACAAGAUCGACAAGUACGGCAUGAAAUCUGGCAUCGUCAAGGUCAUUCCUCCUCAAGAAUGGAGAGACGACCAGCCCGCCCUCGACGAACUCGUAAAGACCAUCAAGAUCAAGAACCCAAUCUCGCAAGAGUUCAUGGGCACCCACGGAAUCUACACUCAAGCCAACAUCGAAAAGCAGCGCUCCUACAACCUUCCCGAAUGGAAGGCGCUUACGGAAGAAACCCAGUAUCAGCCACCUGCCAGAAGAGGAGAACGUCGCAGGAACCAGGCACAAGUCUCCAGAAGUGCUGCGACUAGGACUCGUGCCUCAACCAGAACUUCGACUCCUAAGGAUCCUACCAACAAGAGAAAGCCUGGUAGACCUCGCAAGCACCCUCUGAAAAAUGAAGUUGAUGACGAAGAAGAGGAUUCUUCCUCAAGAGCUAGUCAAGUACCACCAACACCUACCUCUCCAGUGCUCAAAUCGACCGAACCUGCCGAACAUACAACCCCAAGCAAGCCGAAGCCAAAACCGAGAGGACGCCAACCGAAAGCAGGCCAGCAGAAGUCUGUCUCAUCGCGCAGAAUGAACAACACUACAGAAACCAACGAUGUCAUUGAUGAGGCUGCGUUCAAGGAUUUCGACUACCACAUGGAUGAUCUCGAAGAGUUUACUCCCGAGCGAUGCGCCGAACUGGAGACUGCAUACUGGAAAAGUUUGACAUUUGCUCAACCUAUGUAUGCUGCCGAUAUGCCUGGUUCUUUGUUCAAGGAUGACUGCGAUGUCUGGAAUGUUGCAAAAUUGCCCAACUUGUUGGAUGUUCUUGGAACAAAGGUCCCUGGUGUCAACACUGCAUAUCUGUACAUGGGAAUGUGGAAAGCUACUUUUGCCUGGCAUCUGGAAGAUGUCGAUCUCUACAGUAUCAACUACAUCCAUUUUGGAGCGCCCAAGCAGUGGUACAGUAUCUCUCAGGAAGACGCCAGAAAGUUUGAGAAGGCCAUGAAGAGUAUCUGGCCCAACGACUCCAAGGCUUGCGAUCAGUUCUUGCGCCACAAAACGUACCUCAUCUCUCCAGAGAUUUUGCAGAAGCAAUUCGGCAUCAAGGUCAACAAGCUCGUCCAUUACGAGGGUGAAUUCGUCAUCACUUACCCUUACGGAUACCACUCUGGAUACAACAUCGGCUACAACUGCGCAGAAUCUGUCAACUUUGCAACCGAAUCCUGGCUCGAUUAUGGACGUAUCGCGAAGAAGUGCGAAUGUGAGGCUGACAGUGUCUGGGUCGAUGUUGGAGAGAUCGAGCGUAAACUCAGAGGCGAACCCACGCCCGAGUAUUACGAAGAGACCGAUGACGAUGACGAGGAUGAAAUGGAUUUGGAUGGUGCGACUGAUCUUCCUAGUCCUCCUGCAAGUGUUGCAGGCAAGCCGCAGUCGCAAGCUCGCAAGCGCAAGCGUGAUCCUAAGGACAAGGACGCAGGCAAGAAGAAGAAGCGUAUCAGAAUCCUUAUCAAGGGUCCUCACAGAGAGCCUUGUGUUCUCUGUCCGAACGAUCCUCCCAACGAGCCUUUGCUACCUACGGACAAUGGCCAGAAAGCGCAUCGCUGCUGCGCACUCUACACUCCUGAAACCUGGAUCAACAGCGAGGAUGGUGUUGAGAAGGUCGUCGGUGUUGCUGGUAUUGACAAGGCACGCCUCGAUCUCAAGUGCAACUUCUGUCGCUCCAAGCGUGGUGCUUGCUUUCAAUGUCAAGCUAAGAAAUGCACUAGAGCGUACCAUGCAACUUGUGCGCUUGCUGCUGGUGUACAGAUUGAUGUCGGCCCUGUGCCAACCUUUGGUGAGGAUGGAACCGAGUACUUCGAAGAAGGCAUUGAUUUGAGGUGCCGUUUCCAUCGCUCCAAGCGUGCGAAGAACAUGGAUAGCGGUGCUUUGGAGAACAGCAAGCUCAUUAACACCUUCGCUAGAUCUCUCAAGAAAGGCGAUGCUAUCCAGGCCCAGUACCUGGGUGGCGAUAUUUUCGCAGGAAUUGUUGAGGAGAACCGCCCAGGUGAAAGCGCAGUUCUCGUCAACGUGCUUCCUUCUGGUGAUCAAGUCGAAAUCGAGUGGAAAUGGAUUCUGGUGCUGGACCCUAUCGACUCUGAACGUCCUAAGCCCUCGCUAAAUGCUGUUCCCAUGCCGGAGGGUAUGAGCAAGCAGUCUGUGUCGAUCGAAAACCGCCAAGAUGGCGUUCCGCUGCCGGACACGACUUUCCAUGAAGACGCAAACUGGAAGUGGGCUGAUUUCCGCAACCUGCAAGAACCUCCUCAAGGCUAUAGCACAGCCAUCAUCAAGAACCCUGAUCAGGUCAAGAUUGACUUGAACAAGCCUGAUCAGUUGUAUUACUAUCUGCCAAAGAAAUCGACUGAGGCCAAAGGCAGGUUUACUGACGACCCCAAGGGUCAGAACCAUGUCUUCAUGGGCGAUUUCAUGGAGCGCGUCAAGCCUGCUAAACCUUUCAGACCUGUGGCACCAUCGUACACUGGCGGCUACACUGGUGGUUUCACUAUGCCUCAAGCCUCGCGACCUGUAGCACAAAGCAGUGAGCGGCCAUACAUGUACAAACCUAAAACUCCCGCUUAUCCUACAGGAAACUUUGGUCUUGAUCAACGCGCACUGGCCUCGCAGAAGCAGUUCAUCCAACAAGCUGACCCCAGAAGAGCUUCGUACGCGACAGGACUCUACUCUAGUCAAACAAUCCCUCCACUUCGUCAGCAGCACAGCGAGCCAACACGACCGCAACCAGCUCCACUUCGUCCUUUCUCAGAGGGAUACUAUUCGUCAAGAACUCUGCCUGCGGCUAUUCCUGGUGAAUACUCGCAGUUCCAUCAGCAGGUGCGCCGUACAUCAGGCGGUGCUCUUGCAACGCAACCUUACCAGUCACAGCCUUACGGAACCACUUCUCAGAUCCAGCAGCCAAGUGCGAGCAGUACCCAGCCAGGUGCUGGAUAUGCUCAGCAGCAAGCUGCCAGCCGUGCUCCCUUACAACCCUACAGCAACCUAAUCAAUGACUUGGUCAACAAGGGUGGACCGGCAGCACAACCUUCCGUGCAGAACACUCAAGAGUCGUCUGGCAACAGACUUACGGGCCAGUCACCAACAGCCAGCGUUCGUCCUGCCAGCGGACAAUGGACCCCGCCUUCACAGAUCUAUCAUGCAUACGAUCGUGCUAAUUCACAAUUGCCUCCCCAGAACUCUUAUCGCCCGCAGCCAACAUACCAGACAGCACAAGAGUUUCAGCAGCAAAUUGGCAUACAGGCCCGCCAGCCAAGUGUCUCCAACCGCUGGGGAGCAUAUGACCGCAUGCUGAGAGAUGCUGCCAGUGCACAAUCAACACUGCCGCAUCCAUCCAACCCUUACAACAUGUCAACGACAACAGCUGGUGGCGCACCGAACGGAUUCUCCAUUCCCACAACAUAUCCUAGUCCAAAGGCUCCCACGGCUAGUCCCUUGAGUGACACACAGACACCUCGCGCACCUAGUCCAGUUGCAAACAACACAUUGCCGUCGCUGCAAUCCAUGACUCAGGAGGGUCCGUUUGCUGCUGCCUCUCAUCCUCCACCCGCUCAGCAGUAG